CUGUUAGCGCACUGAUCAGGUGUCGUUCAUCUCUCAACCUGCUGUGAAAGAGUUACAGCGCGCCUGAUACACAAACUCCUUUCCCCUCCCCACCAACGUCACCAUCCCUCCGAAACUAACAACAUGGAGUCCGGUGUUUAGAGUGCAAAGGCGGUCUUUAGCGUUUGCUAAACCUAUAUGCUUUUCCCGGUGCUCCUGAGGGAAGGCAGCGACGCUCCGGGACGCAUAAAGCGCAACGCACACAUGCUCUAUAAUAAGCGUCAGUGCCUUUGUGCCACUUGAAUCCGUAUAGGACAUGGAGAGCGCGAUGUGAUUCAUUGGACGCAGAAGAUUCCAAAGACAGGCCGCUUUCCAAAUGGAAUUGCUCUUCAUAAUGUAGGACAGGAGAAGUGGACAGUAAUUGCACCCAGGCUAGUGCACCAGGGGACCAUGGAGCCUGAGGAGGAUAUCUCGACCACAGACCCCCAAGAUCUGAUGUCCAGCCAAGGGCUACUGCCGUCAACAUCCACCUCCUUACUCAACUGCACCUUCCUGGGGGGGUUAUUGCAUUGUGAUGACAUGGACAAGGGUGAUGGAAAUGGAGAUUUAGAUGGUCCAAAAUGCUUUUUCCCCACACUGGAGCAUUGUGGUAAAGUACAGAGAAGUCCACGAUCUUCAGCCUUCCCCUCCUCUCUCACAUGGGACUCAGACUCGGAGAAAGAAACCUUGGACGAGGAAGAACUUCAGCACUUUUCUAACCCUCAUGGUCUGGCUGCUCACAGCCCAGGAAGUCCCACCUCUGGACAACAAGAAGACAGAUUUGACAUUGAUCUGUGCCAAGAACCUGUGGAAACCAAGCACUUAUUUCUUGAGAAGAUCCCACCUACCUCCCUGGAGGUGAAGAAUCAAGGAGAUGUUACAUACAAGGAGAUGAAAACUACAGACUCCAGCCUACCUAAACUGGACCAAGACAAAGUGAGCCAUCUACCAGAUACUACACCAGAAGAGGGAUGCCAAAAAGACAAGAAAGAGGAGCAGAAAAUGCUUAAUAGUAGAGGGCGGGAAGAGAAGAUCACCAAAGAGCCAGAUGUAUACACCUUCCCAGGAGACUCUGAGCCAGAAAGUCCACCACCUGGACCUUGGGCGCACUGCACCUUCAUCCAACGCCGAAGAAAAAAGAGGGCCAUAUUGAGGCCUUUCUCUGGCUUAGACACUUGGCAGCACACAACGGUAGCCGGCAGGAAGACCAGAGGAAAACCCUUGGGAGCAAAGGAGCGUAGGAAAACCACAAAGGUUGGGGAAGGGAUGUUCAAAUUUAAAGAGGAAAAGGAAGAGAAGGUACGGGGAAGGCAGAGGUCAGUAGUAGAGCACCAACUGGAUGGAGACCUCUCCCAAGAGAUUUUUACAUGUGUAGAAUGUAGCAUUUACUUCAGAAAACGCAUCCAUUUACAUGAACACAUGCAAGAGCAUGGCCAGGUUGGUAGAUCUGGGAAGAAAUGGCAGUGUAGAGAAAAAGACUCUUGGAGUGGACAUCUUAAUAAAAAAGCUUUUGAAUGUAUAGAGUGUGGUCUGGAGUUUGUAGACAAGGUACUCCUGCUAGAUCAUCAGCGAUGCCAUGAGGAGUCACGGCAGAAAAUCCUUGAAGAGAUUGGAAAAUUAAAAGAGGGGGAUAAGCGUGUGGCAGAGCAAGCUAGUUGCAGUAAGGCAUCGGAGCCAGUCAACCAAGAGUCAACAGAUGUUAGCCAGUUUGUGUGUCUUAAGUGCAACUUUAGCUCUGAUUUGCCUCAAGAACUUGCUGAGCAUGCCAAGACGCACAACACUCGAACAAGAGCUGGUGUCUAUCGAACCUCACCCCGCUUUCAACAGAAGUCCUGCAAGAAAGGACCAGUUCAGUCCUCUGCAGAUGUUACUUCAACUCUUGUCACAUCACCUUUCAACAAGAGGUACCCCAUCCGGGCAUCCAAAAAAUCUAAAGAAACACAGCCCAAAAGUGGCGCUUCACAGGUGGACUUCAGUUCGUUGUCUUGUCAAAGUACUUCUGCAACCCCAGGAGAGGCCACAGAGCAACCUGAUAAUACAACUCUGCGUGAAAAUACAGACCCUGUGGAGGAGUUGAGACAAACAGAAGAGCCCAGGGCACUUGUGGAUAAUCCUGUGGAAGAGAAUGUUCCACAACCUCAGCAUCUCACGUCAUCUCCGCCAAAUCCGAGGGCUGCUCCACAGCGUAAGGAUGUGGCAUUCAAGAGUAUAGGGAAUAAACGCUCAGUCCGGGCCACGAGGGGUAAACUGGGGCGCACAAGAGCGAGUACAAGACUAGAUCCUAAAUCCACUCUUAAUCCCGUUAUGAAAAAACAAGUCCAAAUCUCAAACCAGUCUGAAGAUAAGUGCCAGAAAGAAGAUAUUCUAACACCAGAACCAGAACAUGAUCCAAAACAAGACUCCAAAAUAGACUCUGUGGAGGUACCUGCCCUGGCCUUCCAGCUGAAGAGCAGCUUCUCAGCCAGCCUCCGAGGGGCAGCAGAGAGGCUGGGGUUGCUUGAGGGGCAGCAAGCCCAGCUAAGAAACGAGUUACCCCUCAUCCUCAUAGAAUCUCUCAGCUCUGACCUCCAAAUUCCCCUCUUAUGCAGCAGGGUGAUGGAGACGGAGCCAACGGCGAAUGAUCCAGAUCCCAAAGCCAACUCCUCCUCACCAAAGAAGAACAGCAAAAAGCUUGAAGCACAGGAGGAGGAACCCAAACUCAAAGAAGACAAAUCUGAGGAGAAGAGUGGAGAAGACACACUUGUUGCUGCAAAACUAGAGGAUGAUGAUAUUGAUGACGACGAAGAUGAAGAGGAUGUUGUUAGUCGUCUUAUUGAUGCAUUAGCUGAGGAAGAUGACGAAGAUGAUGAUGGAGAGGGGUUAUUGAAGAGUGUGGAAAGAAAAUGCCCUUAUUGUCCAGAUCGAUUCCAUAAUGGCAUCGGACUAGCUAAUCAUGUUAGGGGUCACCUGAACAGAGUGGGUGUCAGUUACAAUGUUAGGCACUUCAUCUCUCCGGAAGAGGUCAAUGCCAUUGAGAAGAAAUUCUCCUACCAGAAGAAGAAGAAAAAAGUUGCCAACUUUGACCCGUCAACCUUCAGCGUAAUGAGAUGUGAGUUCUGCAGUGCUGGCUUUGACACCAGAGCUGGUCUCUCCAGUCAUGCCCGAGCCCAUCUCAGAGACUUUGGCAUCACCAACUGGGAAGUCACGGUUUCUCCCAUUAAUAUUCUCCGAGAGCUUUUUGCCAAGCAUCCAGAUCUUGUUCUACCCACAGCACCCACACAUACUCUCCAGUCAAGUGAAGAGCAAAACUCUGAUGAGGAGCAAGAGUGCAGGAAAGACAUGAAGGAUGAGGAGAACAUGACAGCAGAACCCACCACUCUUUCUUCUGACUCUCCAAAACGGUGCUGGAAGGAAGAGCACAAUAUAAGUGAACUAGAGGAUGGGGAGGAGGCAGAGGAUGGGGAAGAGGAAGAAGAGGAGGCCCAAAUGCCUGUUACAGAUAAAUUGGCUGCGAGUCCAGAAGAAAAGACCAUGUUCUCUAUAGAGGAACAGAGCCCUGAAUCCAAAGAGACAGACACUAUGGGCUCUAACCUGUUGAAAUGUGAGUUUUGUGGUGCUGCCUUUGAGACACGUCGUGGUUUGUCUAGCCAUGCCCGCUCUCACCUACGCCAGCUUGGCAUCGGCAUGUCAGAGAACAGUGGCGCACCCAUUGAUCUCCUUUAUCAGAUCACUAAGGAACGCUCCAUUGAUACACACUUCACUGGCACCUCCCCUACUGUGGAAUCUCCUAAGAAGCUCCAGCACCAUGCCCCUAUUGUUCCUAUACCUAGCCCCAGCCCCACAAAAGAUCUUGAAACGGAAGAAGGACUGCUGGACACCAAGCCCCCUGUCCCGUUCUCUAUUGCGAGUUCCGCUAUUAAAGUUUCCUCUUCCCCAACUACUCACUCUGCAGCUGGCUCCCUGCCUUCCUCUCCAUUUGUAAAGUCUCGGUCCCCUUCCCCAGUGCUGAGAAAGGCUCCCAUCUCUUCCCUACUACCUGUGUCUUCCCCACUGCGAUCCCAGGAGCAUAAGACAUUAGGAAAGAACCAGUCUACAAACCUCUCUAGUCCAAACAAACCAUUCUGGGCACCACAAGAUACGGAUGCCCCACUAAAUCUUACGAUGGACAUGGACUCUAAAGACAUUAUUUGCCAGUUGUGUGGUGCGUGGUUUGAAACAAGAAAAGGCCUCUCGAGUCAUGCUCGUGCCCAUUUGCGCCACUUUGGGAUUGAGUACUCGGAGUCCAAGGGUUCCCCCAUUGACUUACUCAACCGGUUCAUCUUGACUGAUGACUUUAAGCACAGAGCAAAUACUUUUCUAUCAGAUGGUCCAGAAGACCUGAGGUCCCAGAAGACCAGUAUGACGUCCCUCUUACCCUCCACUUCCACUUCACCUAAAAGAUCUCUUCCCUCCAGCCCUGUCCUAUAUAAAACAUCAACCUCUUCUUUGAGGACAACAAUUGGCUCCAAAGCUACCUCAACUUCUACCCACCCGUUAUUGGGCCCACCCCCAAAGAAGCUGAAAGCCUCUUCGUUGCAAGUACUUCGUUUCAGUAGUGGAGAAGUGAUGUCCUUUCCUAUAGAGCCGAUGAAAGACGUGGGCUGUGAAUUCUGCGGAGAACUUUUUGAGAACCGCAAAGGCCUCUCCAGUCAUGCUCGCUCCCAUCUGCGCCAACUUGGGAUCACAGAAUGGUCUGUGAAUGGCUCACCUAUUGACACACUAAAAGAGAUUAUAGUCCGUCGAGGCCUGCCGUCCAUCAUACCUCUGAAGUCCCCCAAAUCCCCCUCUUCUUCUCCGAUUCCUGGACUGUCUCGGACCGCAGUCCAGUCCUCUACCCCACCAGGGAAUGUGCUUGGGCGCCUGCCUUUCCAUUUUGCCCAAACUCCCAGCCACGACCAGCCUACUACCCGCAAAAUGUCUCCUUCGACAUCUACUGCCAGUUCUUCCCCAAACGUAGAGCUGGUUAAACCGAAACCAGAGCCUGAAAUUGUGGAGGUUACCAUGAAAGGAUCAGACAUGGGAGUAAAUGAAAGCUACAACCCAGAGCCACUACAUUCCAGUUUAAACACUUCAGAUAAUGUUUAUCCAGUCAACUUGGUUAUGACUCAGGAGAAGGAACCUUCCCGUGAUAUUCGCUGUGAAUUCUGUGGUGAAUUCUUCGAAAACCGCAAAGGCCUCUCAAGCCAUGCACGUUCACACUUGAGGCAUAUGGGUAUCACAGAGUGGUCUGUGAACGGCUCUCCCAUUGACACACUUUGGGAAGUCAUGAGAAGACAAGGCACUACCCCUGCAUCUGUUGCUUUGGCCAUAAAGGAGGAACCAGGACAGGAUGGAGGGAUUUCAUUAAACAGUCCAGGCUAUCAGUCCUCUGCCCUGUCCCGCAAGUCACCUCUUAACCUGCUCCACUCUGGCUCACGUCUUCAUAAGCAUGGGCUGGGAAGCGUUGCCUUGUCCUCCACCUCACCUGUGGGGAAGAUUUUUGGAGUGCCUCCUCUGAAGAAGAAGGUUUUGGUGGAGGAGGGACAGCCAGGAGAGAAAGCAUUGCUCAUUCAAUCUAAAAACUUCUCGCCUCCCCCACAGGACUAUUCCUUUAGGGGUAAAACCUCAGUGGAGAAGCCUGGGGUAGGCCACAUGGAUGCCAGUUGUGAACUCUGUGGAUUCUACUUUGAGAACCGGAAGGCACUGGCCAGUCACGCUCGAGCACAUUUACGUCAGUUUGGCGUGACUGAGUGGUGUGUAAAUGGUUCGCCUAUCGAGACGCUGAGUGCCUGGAUACGCAGCCGUCCACAGAAGGCAGCAGAAAUGCAGCAAAGUUAUGUUCAAGGAGCACGCUAUGCCCAAAAGAAAAGGUACAGUUCCGCUCUCUCACCAUCCUGUGACUCUGACUCUACAACUCCUGUUUCCCAAAAGCCCGCUGUGGCCAAAUGGGCAUCUCUCACUUUGCCUCAAAAGAGAGCAAUUGGACGGGAUGUCAACAGUUGUUCCUGGGGGUUGUCAUCACGGGGAACUGACGCAAAAAGCAGGAGUGGAAGUUCCACUCAGCAUGGCCUUAUUCCACAGCCUGGCACUCAUCAUUCCAAUAAUGCACUUCCACAUGCGCAGGUGGCGCAUAGUGAACUCAACGUGCGUUUGCCACGAGGAUUUGAGAGACGGCCACUUAAACACCCAUCACAUGCUGAAGGAGGGGAGGGAGAGAGUGGCGCCCCAAAGCCUCGCUCCAGUACCGUUCCUGCCCUUGUGCCAAAGCCCCCCUCCACUCCACUGGUUAGACUUGUGGGUAAAAUUUACUCACUUAAGUGCCGGUUCUGUGACGUGGAGUUUCACGGCCCUCUCUCGGUACAGGAGGACUGGAUCAGGCACCUACAGCAGCACAUCCUCAAUCUUAACUACAACAAGACUGCUUCACCUGCAAACGACACUCCCGCCCAAAGUGACACUCCUGAUCCCAAGCCCCUAGUCUCAGCUGCUACCUCCACGUCAUCUACGACCACAGCUCCCUCCACGACCGUCCACUCCCUCCCCAAAGCCCACAACUACGGCAACAUCAGCCUCCACACCUACACCCGCCCCCAGCCAAGCCUCCGCGGGGCGGCCGGCCACAGCAGAGCCAGUUCCUUCUCCUGCUAAUUAGGCCAUGUGUCCUUUCUACAUAUGUAUGUGAUGCCAUCAUCUUCACUAGUUAUUGCCAUGAUUUGUUUCUGUAUUGCUCAUCUUUGAUUAUUUCAAUCUCUGAUCAAAGGGAGAGAUUUUUCGAAAAAUCUCAGCUAGCGACCUACUUACCCUGACCUACAUCGCGAGCAUCUGUUAUGAUUCAGGCGUGAGGUAGGUGUGUUGCCAUGACAGUUCUCAUCUCCCUUUUGUCUUGUAAGGAUCGGCCGUUAUUUAUGAACAAGAAAAAGUCACAGUAUAAUGCAACUUUACAUUUGUUUUGUGGAUAAGCUUUGAUUGUUUCGAAAAGCAGAAUGAGUAUGUGGUGAGUUCCGUUCUGUAAGCUAUUAUUCCCAAUGACUAAUAUUUGUUGUUUGAAAUUCUCACAAAACUCUUUAGCUUACCAAAUGUAUUCUUAAAUUGUCGACAAAGCAGAGAAUUACAAUCAAAAAAGGCACAGAUAUAAAGCUCAACCUUAAAUGGUUUCACUAUGACAAAAGGCCUUGACCCUUUGAAACAAAGCUUAUCUGUUUCUAGCAUUUGCAAGUUCACAGUUUGUAACUGUUUUAGCUGUGAUAAUUGACUAUGAGCUUGCACUGCCAUGCAGUUAUCAAAAGACACCAGACGUUCGUUUUAAGCAGACACAGAUGGGUUUGUGUCCCAACGGGACAUGCCUUUUCUUUUCUGCAGUCCCACUGCAAUCUAGACGUUGAUAAUGUCAGUUGAAUCUUGCCACUUAGAAUUGAUGAUCAAAUUUGUCUGGAACCAACUGCUGCUAAAUAUUUAAAUAAGCUAAGCACACUUAGUUAAAUGCAUCAUUUUAGCACAUGGCCAACAAAAUGAGCAUGCAAAUUCUGUCAUGCCUUCCUUCCAGUUGUAUUCAACCAUACAUAUUUAUGCCUUUGUUGCUUUUUUUGUAUGGCACAUUGUUUUGUAGCACGUUUGCACAAGCUUCAUGCUUUGAUGAAUGCGAUCCUAGAUCGCUCCAUUUUCUCUCCAUUUAAUUCUGUGCUUGGCACAAAGUAAACUCUAAAUGAAACAGUCGACGCAGCUGUCUAAAAGUCUUCUUUGUUACUUUUUUAAUGAUAAUGAAGCUUUCUGAGAAAUUGCCUUGGAACAAGUUGAUGGCCUGAAGUAUUUUAUGCUCAUAAAAGUCACUUUUUUUUUCCCCAGAUGCAUUUUAAGAGAACCCAAAUUAUGGCUCAUCUGAAUGUUGAACAAACUGAACUAUUUGGCUACACUACAUUUGAAUGUUUCACUAGAGUAAAAGGUUAAUGCACUUUUAUCUGCAAAGAAUUAGAGAGUUUGUGUGUAUAUAUAAUACAUUUAUAUUUUUUGUUUUUCUGAUCGUAAAGUGCUAAGUCUAUAACAAUUUUUUUCUUAAAAAUGUUUUUUCCCUGUACUACUUUUGGAGGCAUUUUCACAAAAACGUAAACUGUAGAAAUUUCCCAGUGACAGAAUGUGCCAAAGAGAAUGUCACACGUCUUGGUAACUUUUGCAAGUUUUUUGCAAGUCCGUCGUUUUGUCUCUGAGCAGUUGAUGAUGGCAGCAGAUUUGCUGCUGUGAAUUUGCUUGAAAAAAAAAAAAAUACAUAUAUAGAAACUGACAUUUGAGUUGUACUAUACGAGUAUACUACACAAAUGCAUCAUACUCGUGGUGCCAAGAAUUGACUAUGACAAUUUUGAGCGCGAAUACAGUGACUGCCUCCUAAACAUACGAGUGCUUUUGAUUACAUUUCCAUAUCUGCACAGGAAAGCAUUAACAAACCAUUCCACUAUGGAUGUUUGUUGCAGCUUUCACGACUUUACUCUUGACUGUUAGGCUUUUAGUAUUCCAAAAGGGAAUAUUAUUGAUAUAUCUAACCUAACAUAUGUAUAGAAAAGAAGAAGAUUUUAACAGUUUAACACUUCAAAUGUGAUCUUGAUCAUUGUGAAUUUAUUUUAAUUUUCAAUGCUGUGUAUUUUUUAAUGAGACGUGCGUUCCUUUACUUGCAGUUACAUACCAGUGGAAUAGAUCAGUGUUUUAUUUUUUAUUCAGUCAGUUUCUCUUUUAAGAUAAAGUACAUUGGUGCUCAUGCGGACGAGUGGAUGUGAAUGGAUUUUUAAUUGAAGAUUGUUCCAAAGGGAGAUUGUCAAGUCCUUGCGCAAGGACUCUAAAAACGUGUGUCUUAAAUGCAACCGCUCUGUACAUUAUGUUCUUGGUUAGUUAGGUCAUUUUGUGACUGUUGCCCAGUUGGCAUGUGCUUUACAGCUGAUGGUGUACGUUCUCCUAAAGAUCUCCUCAGCUGGUUUAGACUGCAGUGUCUGUACAAGUAUUUGUGUGUAUGAGAGAGACAAAAAGACUUUUUGUGGCUGAAAGAGAGAAAUGCCAUGGAAGUGUUGACCAGAGGAAGAUUCAUGUGAAUCUGCUCUUGAAUGAAAAUCAUUAAAUGUGUUCUGAAAUCUCA